GUGGGAAUCUGAUUAUGUGCAGCUCUGUGAUAAUCUGAGACAGAGAGAGGGAUGAAUGAGUGUGUGUUUUGUUUAACACGCGUGUGCUCUGUGUGCAGCUGCUGGCGUCCGUGUGUGUGUGAAGAUGCUCUAGACACGCCUGCGUCUGCAUCCGACCCUGACCUUUGACCCCUGACCCCAAACACUGACCCAUGCCUGGCCGUUGUCCACCAUGCUCCAGAACCAUGUGAGGGCUUUUCAGUGCCUCUCUGAGCACCGCCUAUAACCCCGCCCCAGUUUAUACAAGCCCCACCCCUCCCUCUAGCCCCGCCCCUCCUCUGAAGACACUGGCCAUGAUGUUCCGGGACCAGGUGGGGAUCCUGACGGACUGGUUUAAGGGCUGGAACGAGUGUGAGCAGACGGUGGCGCUGCUGUCGCUGCUGAAGCGUGUCUCUCGGACGCAGGCCCGCUUCCUGCACAUCUGUCUGGACCACUGGCUGGCCGACUGCACCGAGAUACACAUACUGGAGGCAGAGGCCAACAACGCAGCGGUGGUCAGUCAGUGGCAGCAGGAGCCCAAGGAGAAGGCCGUGUCGCUGCUGCUAUCCCAUCUGCCCCUGCUGCAGCCGCGCAACAGUGAAGCCAAGUGCGAGUACAUGAAGCUGUUGCAGAUGGUCCUGAGCCACACCAUCGAGAGCAGUCUGUUCGUGGAGGAGAGUCGCCAGCUGCUGUCCUACGCCCUCAUCCACCCGGCCACCACCCUCGAUGACCGCAACUCUCUGGCCCUGUGGCUCAGUCACCUGGAGGAGCACCUGUCCUCACGGCCGGCCGCGCUGCAUCACGCCCCGCAGGGCUCCGACGACUGGCCCUGCUCCGCCGAGGCCCUGGAGCCGCCCUACGGACAGAACGGACACAUGCCUUUCCCUGGACCGGGCGGAGUGACCCCAGCGGUCAGCAGCAUGUGUAAUAAUCGCUCCGUAGGACUGUCUGGUCAGGUGCAGCCGAGCUCGAUGAGGCCCUCCAUGUCUCUCACACCCACCAGUCAGCUGACCUGUGGCUCUGAUUGGCUGAGCCAGGAGGAGGGGGGCGUGUCUGGAGCAGAACACGCCCCUCUGUCGCCGCAGAGCAGUGUGGCUUCAUCAGGCAGCGAACAGACGGAGGAACAGAGCAACACACGCAACACUUUCCAGGAGGACGGCAGCGGGAUGAGAGAUGUGCCGGCCUGGCUGAAGAGUCUCCGUCUGCAUAAAUACGCGUCGCUCUUUUCUCAGAUGACGUAUGAAGAAAUGAUGAUCCUCACAGAGAAGCACCUGGAGUCGCAGAACGUAACGAAAGGAGCUCGACAUAAGAUCGCUCUGAGCAUCCAGAAGCUGAGAGAACGACAGAGCGUCCUCAAGUCUCUUGAAAAGGAUAUUCUGGAAGGCGGGAACGUUCGGAAUGCUUUACAAGAGCUUCAGCAGAUCAUCAUCACGCCAAUCAAAGUCUAUGCCCCGCCCACUGCUGCCCAGAAGGAGGUGGAGCCUGGAGUCACAGCUGCCGAUAAAGCAGCCAAUCCUGGUGAAGAGAAGGAGAGCGAGAGCUUCCAGACCCACAAUCCUCCACCGUGUGAUGGAGAAUCAACGUCUGCACCCAUCGGUGACGGAGACAUCGCAGGACAGUUCACACGUGUGAUGGGGAAAGUGUGUACACAGCUGCUGGUGUCCAGACCGGACGAGGAGAACAUCAGCUGUUACCUGCAGCUCAUAGAGAAGUGUGUGACACACGAGGCGUUUACAGAGACGCAGAAGAAGCGGCUGUUGUCAUGGAAACAGCAGGUGCUGAAGUUGCUCCGCCUCUUCCCGCGGAAGACUGUGAUUGACAGCAGCGUUUACCGGAGAGGCUGGCAGCAGUACGGGUCGAACUCUCUGCCCACAGCUGGAUCUGUGAGUGCAGGCUUGAGCCGCCGGGGACAGAGACCCUUCCAGAUGCCCCCCCGAGGAGCUCCUCCAGCCGGACGCAUGAGUUUGAUGAGCGCUGGGGGUCUGACCGGAGCAUCACCCCGACACUCGCUCACUAACCCCCCCACCGCCAGCACACAGGGCCGACAGAAUCUGUGGUUUGGGAAUCCUGGAGGCAGUAACAGCAUGCCGAGCCAGAGCAGAAGUUCAGUGCAGAGAACUCAUUCACUUCCUGUUCACACAUCUCCUCAGACCAUGCUCCUGUUCCAGCAACAAGAAUGCCAAGUUCCGGGGAUGGAUCUGGAGAUCAACCCCACGCUGGAGUCUCUGUGCCUCAGCAUGACAGAGCACGCCUUAGGAGACGGGAUGGACAGAACGUCGACUAUAUGAGAGGACCUGAAAGAAACCUGCGCUCCAGCACACACACGCAAACAACAGUCACUACAGACCACACACGACUAACUGUGUAUACAUUCUCUAAUAUUUUUCUACUUUAUUGUACUUAACUAAGUUUAUUAUAAAGGAAAUACAGAAACUAUUAUAUGGAUGAGGAACGAAGGUGCUUCUGGUCUGAGCCGUUCGUUAUCCGAUGGCCAUUUACAUCACUUCCUGCUUGACCUCUCACCCCACCACGGACUUCCUCCUGUGCUCUUCUGUGUUUAGACGGCAGUCGUGCUUCCCGUGUUUAUCUGUUCUUAGUUCUGUCCAGGUACAGAGGUUUCCUAGCACUUAUCCGUGGGAUGUUUACCAGGCGUCACUACAGCCGCGAGCGUUUCUCCGUUUGUAAAUACACAAGUGCACAAGGAAAAUCUGAAUAUGACCCAAGAGACUUUAUCCAAAUGAUUUUUAUACACAGAUCUAUGAAGUAAAGAUGCGAGAUCGA